AUGGCUGCUCCCGUUGCUAUGGAGCAUCCCGACCUCACAGACCUUUCCAACGCCCCAGGACAGAAGCGAAAGCGCGCAUCCGAGUCCGCUUCGCCCGAUUCUCGCAGAAACAAGCGCGGUGUUCCACCGGCGACAAUGGCGGUCCCUGAGCCAGAGGCAUUCCUGGAGAAUGCUGUCAGCAUCGCCCAGGCAGCCCAUGAUCAUGUCAGCGCCGACGAUUUCAAUGCGCUGGCCCAGGCUGCCUCGGAUCACACAGACACGGCCGAUGCGAACAGCGCUACUAACACUGCCGCCGCCGCCCUCAACAUGUAUCCUACUCUUCAUGUUCCCCCACCCACUGAGGAGACUUUUGCGCCUCCGCCGCCAGGACCAGAGAUGCAGCACCACCACGAAAAUGCCUAUCACAACCCGUCUCCCGUCCAAGAGCCAGACGGACUGCCGCCUAUGACCCCCCAGACAUCUCUUCCACCGGCCAACGGUGUACAGCCUGAACCGCCAAAGUGGGGAACGCAUCUCCCACCCAAGCCGGCCGUUGGCAGUGAAGAGUGGCACAAGAUGAGGAAAGACAACCACAAAGAAGUGGAGAGACGACGUCGCGAGACUAUCAACGAAGGCAUAAAUGAGCUUGCAAAGAUUGUUCCCGGAUGCGAGAAGAACAAGGGCUCCAUCCUUCAGCGCGCUGUUCAGUUCAUCACUCAGCUGAAGGAGAAUGAAACGCAGAACAUUGAAAAAUGGACAUUGGAGAAACUGCUCACGGAGCAGGCCAUCCAGGAACUAAGUCAGUCCAACGACAAGCUUAAACAAGAGGUAGAUCGGCUAUAUCGGGAGAAGGAGAUGUGGAAGAGCAUUGCCGAGUCAGCCGGAUUACAGCCUCCUCAACCAAAAGAGGAACCAGAGGGCAGUAGCUAG